AUGGCGAAGCGUGACAAAAUGAUAACAUUAGAAAACGAGCAUUAUCUCAGGACGAUUCUGCUUUUAUGUGAAGGUGGUGCGUAUAUCGCCAAACAGAUUAUAGGUCGAGAGCUAUCAAACCAUGGAGGGGACUUAGACGCAUUGUUAAAACAGUCUAAAAAUAAACUUAGGCAUGAGUUUCAUGAGAAACAAAUGGAAAAGUUGUUUCCAAACAACGGGUAUGACAAAACUGACGUCAAUAAAUGGGAUAUCCAAAUGCUGAUUGGCGUUAUGCUUCUCCUUUUCCGUAAAUCACUGAGUGACGAAGAAAAACAAAAGUUGAAAGAAAUCAAGUUCAUUAGGCACGAAGUUCUAGCACAUAGUCCAUCUGCCUCAUUAUGCUUGGAGAAGUAUGAGGACGUGCAAAAAGACUUAAGAGAUGCGAUUAACAAAUUAGCUGGCGGAUUUGACCAGACUGUUAAAGACAAAUGUAAAGAAUACAUUAAAACUUAUGCAUCUGACCCUUUGGAGGUAAAGUCUGCAAUUAAGAGAUUACAGGAGGCGAAAGACACCGGCGACCUGUUCCAAGAAGUCAUUAAUGUGAUGAGAAAAUCACAGGAAACGUUGUCAAAUGAAAUACAUGCAGUUGAAAGUACUGUUAGGCAAGAUGUAAAAGAAACACAGCUAGCUUUAUCGAAAGAACUUAGACAGGAGGUUGGAAGGACAAAGAAAGAGUUAACAGAUAAAUUGAAUCUUGUUGAGGACAAUGUCAGGCAAGAUGUUAAAACAACGAAAGAAAAACUAGAAGAAGAAAUUGAGAAAAUAGAAGGAGCCGAAUGUAAUACUUUUCAGGCUCUGAGUGAUGUUAGCUGUCAAAUCAAAUCUUUACAGCAAUGGUUGGUAGAUAAUUUAAAAGAACAGCGGAAUAGAACCAGCGAAGAUUUGAGCAGUAUUUCGCAGCAAUUACAGCAUAAGGCUGAGGAAAUUGAGUUCAAAGUACGAACAUACGACGAAACCUCUUCACAACCAAUCGACAGAGGCAACGCAGGCAUACAGCAUGUAUCAUUUUGUCGAGAACAAGUUUUAAAGAAAAAAAACAAGUUAUUGGUAGCUGCUAUUGACUUCGGCACAACGUACAGUGGUUAUGCAUAUUCACUUCGCCGUGACUACAAGGAAAACCCCCUUCGUAUUGUGAUGAACGGGGUGUGGUCAGCUGGAUGUUUAAUGUCCAUGAAAGCCCCAACAGCCGUUCUGUUUGACCCAGAGAAAAACUUUGACAGCUUUGGGUAUGAUGCAGAGACCAAAUACUCUGACCUCGCUUUCGAUCGCGAGCAUCACGACUGGUUCUUCUUUAGACGAUUUAAGACAUUUCUCUACAACAGAAAGAUUUAUCGCUCAACUGAACUUGAGGCAGCCAAUGGAAAUAAAAUGAAUGCCAAAGAAGUGUUUGCCGCUGUUAUCAAGUAUUUGAAAGACCAUUUGAUUGACGCAUUAGCAAAGAGAGCAACUCCAGUUGGAAAAGAUGAUACACAUUGGAUUCUGACAGUACCCGCUAUAUGGACGGAUCGAGCGAAACAAUUUAUGAGAGAGGCCGCACACAUGGCUGGUAUAGAAGGAGACAAUCUGUCCAUUGCUCUAGAACCGGAGGCUGCUUCCAUUUACUGUCAGACAGUCCCUUUUUGCAAUUUGAAAGAGGGAGAUGAGAAGAAAUUCGAACCAAUAUCGUCAGGAAAAAAAUAUAUAGUCAUUGAUUUAGGGGGUGGCACUAUGGAUGUAACUGUACAUGAAAAACAGAGUGAUGGUAGAUUAAAAGAAGUCUACAAAGCCAGUGGCAGUACAGCUGGUUCGAUGAAAAUAGAUGAUGAAUUUAUUCGCAUGAUAGAGAAGAUUGUUGGGAAAGAUAUAUUUCUACUGUUCCAAAAGAAAUACCAAUUUGACUAUCUCGAUUUACUUCGUGAAUUCGAAGGGCGUAAACGCUUUGUUACUGACAAACACAAUCACAUUUUUACAAUAAAAAUUCCACAUGUUCUUGUCUACGUUUACCAAGACUCAACACAGAAGACGCUGAUGACAGCCGUUGAAGAGUCGGUUUACAAUGGCAAAAUACAAGCAACGCCCGAUAAACUCAGAAUACCUGCGGAUAUCUUUAAAAGCUUGUUUAAACCUUGCAAUGACAUGAUUGUCGGUCACAUUAGUAAUUUACUAAAUCACGAGGAAGUCAAAGGAACAGAUGUCUUCCUGCUGGUCGGCGGAUUGUCAGAGUGUGAUAUUUUGCAAAAUUGCAUAAAGAAGGCAUUUCCGAACGUACAAGUAAUUGUUCCUAAUGAAUCUUCCUCAGCUGUUCUGAAAGGGGCCGUGCUCUUUGGUCACCGGCCCUUGGCAAUUUCCUCGCGUGUUUCUAAACACUCAUACGGCCUAAGCAUAUCACCAUUGUACGAUCCUUCUAUCCAUCCUGAAAACCGACGCGUCUUUGUGGGUUCAACGCACCGCUGUCGUGACGUAUUCAUGAAAUUUAUCGCUUGUGGAGAGGCGGUCAGAAUCGGUGACGCGAGGUCUUGGGAACUCUCUACGCUUUGGCCGAAUCAGCAAGAAAUGACGAUAAAUUUGUAUGUAUCCAGCAAACCAGAUCCAAAAUACGUUGAUGAGGACGGCACAGAGUACCUAGGAAAUAUAGUAGUUGACCUUCCGGGCAGUAGGGACGACAAUGUUGCUGUUAACGUCAGUAUGAUGUUUGGCGAAACAGAACUGAUGGUGGAAGCUACAGAAAUGUCUAGACAGAAAAAAUAUAGAGCAUACUUUGAUUGCCUAUAA